UGGCUGUCUCUGUCUGCUCAGCCCAGGCUGUGCCGAGCUCCCUGCGGGAUCAGAGCGCUCCCCCGCCGGGACCCUACUCUCACAUCCUCCUGCUGGGACCCGGCUACAUUUCCAGCCAAGCCUGGCUUUAUUAUGUGUGUCUGCACUGCAGUCCCGCCAGCAGUCGGAUUGGGAGGCGGAGGGAAGACCAGAGUCAGGACAAAGAAAAAGGGAGAGAGAGGCUAGCGACCGCAAACAUUUUUGCUUUAAAGGAAAAUCCAAAAAGCGGGGAAACAUAAAAUAUAAAGUCCCCAACGGUGGAAAUGCUGGGUGAAAUAGCGAUGCCAGUGCCACCUUCGCUGAAAUAACGGACGGGGGAGGCGGCUGGAUGUAAGUAAGAUCAGGGCAGAAUAUAUACAUAUAGUUACGAUAACUACACGGAGAACCCCGGGACAGCUACGGCUAAGCACGGGAAGAAAAACGAAGAGGAAGAUAGCGAGUGCGUUUAAACCGAAUUAUAUAAUUGCUUAAUUAAGGUAAUCAGAUUGAGACGCGCUGGCACCUUUUCCCGGGGACGAUCAGGUGUUAUCGUAUUGCUGUAAUUUUGGCACCCGCCGCUACUUGCAACUCGGAUUGUGUAUCUGUGAAGCCGCGCUACCGCUAGUGACUGUUUUUUUAGAGGAACAAAAGAACCGUCCUGCUUCGGUGUCGGAAAUCGGCAAGUUAUCCUGUGAAUUCUACAGGUUGAGCUGGAGCAGCUGAAAAGUUGUACUGGGAGAAAUCCGGGAAUAAAACCCCCCGUUUUCUUUUAGUCGGCUGUACCCCCUCGUUUCAAGUGCCACUGGACAGUACUACCAUAGACUGGAGUUGCCGCAUUGCAACAGGCAAAGAAGUAAAAAAAAAAAAUCAACUCAAGAAUCUGUAUGAUUGCAAAUUUGUGAAAGGGCCAUCAGUCGCAAAAGGGAGAAAAAGCCUACAUUAACUCGGAGAUGUCUAGACGGAAGCAGGCCAAGCCGCGGUCCGUUAAAGCAGUGGAUGAGGGCGAGUCAGCGGAGUUGGCGGGGAGUUGGGAGUCCUCCUCUGUUCAGACAGAUGUCCCUGGGCCAGACAGGGAGGCGGAGCAGAAGGAUCGGAAGGCGGGGCUUGAGGAUGGAGAGCACAGCGUGACCAGCCAUGAUGACCGUGUGUGUGAGGACGACGUGGAUGAUGACUCCAUCUUCACCUGUGACAACUGCCAGCAGGACUUUGAGUGCCUGGCAGAACUAACUGAACAUCGUACUCACCACUGUCCUGCAGAUGGCGAUGACGACCCGGGUCUCUCCUGGGUGGCGUCCUCCCCCUCCAGCAAAGACGUGGCGUCGCCCUCGCAGAUGCUGGGGGACGGCUGCGAGCUGGGGGGGGGCGAGGAGGAGGGGGGCGCCGGCCUGCCGUACCCCUGCCAGUUCUGCGACAAGUCCUUCAGCCGCCUCAGCUACCUGAAGCGGCACGAGCAGAUCCACAGCGACAAGCUACCCUUCCGCUGCACCUUCUGCUCCCGCCUCUUUAAGCACAAGCGAAGCCGCGACCGCCACGUCAAGCUGCACACCGGCGACAAGAAGUACAGCUGCCAGGAGUGUGAGGCCGCCUUCUCCCGCAGCGACCACCUGAAGAUCCACCUGAAGACCCACAGCUCCAGCAAGCCCUUCAAGUGCAGCGUGUGCAAGCGUGGCUUCUCCUCCACGUCCUCUCUGCAGAGCCACAUGCAGGCCCACCGCAAAAACCGCGAGCACAUGGCGUCUCGUGCCGAGCGGGAGCAGGGCCGGCGCGAGGGCGGGGCCGAGGGCGGGGCCGAGGGCGGGACCGAGCACGACCAGGACCUCUACAUGUGCGACUACUGCGAGGAGACGUUCAGCCAGACGGACGAGCUGGAGAAGCACGUUGUGACGCGGCACCCGCAGCUGUCGGACCGGGCCGAGCUGCAGUGCAUCCACUGCCCCGAGAUCUUCAGCGACGAGGCGCUGCUGCUCGCCCACAUCGACGGCACGCACGCCAACCGCAAGCACAAGUGUCCCGUGUGCGCCGAGCACUUCCUGUCCGUGGAGGACGUGUACUGCCACCUGGACAGCCACCGGCAGCCCGACUCCAGCCUGCACAGCGCCAGCCCUGACCCCGCGCUGGGCAGCGUAGCCUCCAUGAGCAGCGCCACGCCCGACUCCAGCGCCUCGCUGGAGAGAGGCUCCACCCCCGACUCCACCCUCAAACCAUCGCGGGGCGGGCGCAAGCUGGGGCCCUCCUCCUCGGACCGCGAGGAGGGCGGGACGGGGUGGGCCGCCUCGGGGAAAGUGACCUACAGCUGUCCGUACUGCUCCAAGCGGGACUUCAACAGCCUGGCGGUUCUGGAGAUCCACCUGAAGACCAUCCACGCGGAUAAGCCGCAGCAGAGCCACACUUGCCAGCUGUGUCUGGACACCCUGCCCACGCUGUACAACCUGAACGAGCACGUGCGCAAGGCCCACCGCGCCAGCUCCAGCGCCUUCCCCCUGCUGCAGUUCAGCAACGUCUCCGCCUUCCACUGCAACUACUGCCCCGACAUGUUCGCAGACAUCAACUCCCUGCAGGAACACAUCCGAGCCUCCCACUGCCUGCCCGGGGCCGGCUCCACCCCCCUGGAGGGAAACCACGCCUUCUUCUGUAACCAGUGCUCCAUGGGUUUCCUGACGGAGUCAUCCCUGACCGAGCACAUCCAGCAGACGCACUGCGCCGGAGCCGCCAAGCUGGAGUCCCCCGUGCUGCAACCCUCCCAGUCCUUCAUGGAGGUCUACUCCUGCCCCUACUGCACCAACUCGCCCAUCUUCGGCUCCCUGCUCAAGCUCACCAAGCACAUCAAGGAGAAUCACAAGAACAUCCCGCUGGCCAACAGCAAGCGGCAGGCCAAGGCGGCUGACCUCAGCCCCGCCUCCUCCGACGUGGAGAUCUCCUCCAGCAAGCGCCACAGGCUGUCAGCAGACGCCACACCCAUGGGCAGCACCAACGGUGAGUACCCCUGCAACCAGUGCGACCUCCGGUUCUCCAGCUUCGAGGGCUUCCAGACCCACCUCAAAUCCCACCUGGAGCUGCUGCUGAGGAGGCAGUCCUGCCCACAGUGCAACAAGGAGGACUUCGAUUCCCAGGAGUCUCUGCUGCAGCACCUGACCGUCCACUACACCACCACGUCCACUCAGUAUGUGUGCGAGAGCUGCGACAAGCAGUUCUCCUCGGUGGACGACCUGCAGAAGCACCUGUUGGACAUGCACACCUUUGUGCUGUACCACUGCACCCUGUGCCAGGAGGUCUUCGACUCCAAGGUGUCCAUCCAGGUGCACCUGGCCGUCAAGCACAGCAACGAGAAGAAGAUGUUCCGCUGCACAGCCUGCGCCUGGGACUUCCGCCGCGAGGGAGACCUGCAGCUGCACGUCAAGCACAGCCACCUGGGCCACCCGGCGGGGACGGCCGGCGCCAAGGCCCGCAAGUGCAUCUUCUGCGGGGAGACGUUCGGCACGGAGGUGGAGCUGCAGUGCCACAUCACCACCCACAGCAAGAAGUACAACUGCCGCUUCUGCAGCAAGGCCUUCCACGCCAUCGUGCUGCUGGAGAAGCACCUGCGGGAGAAGCACUGCGUGGUGGAUGGCGGCGGCAGCGGCGGCAGCCAGAACGGCACGCCCAACGGCGUGGCACAGGGCGGGAAGCGGGGCGGGGCGGGGGCGGGGCCAGGGGCAGAGCCGGCCGACCUGCAGAACAUGCUCCUGAAGAGCGGGCAGGACGCGGCCAACAGCCACGAGGCCAGCGGCGAGGACGAGGUGGACGCCUCCGAGCCCAUGUACGCCUGCGACAUCUGCGGCGCCGCCUACACCAUGGAGGCGCUGCUGCAGAACCACCGUCUGCGCGACCACAACAUCCGGCCGGGCGAGGACGACGCCGGCUCCCGCAAGAAGAAGGCCGACUUCAUCAAGGGCAGCCACAAGUGCAACGUCUGCUCGCGCACCUUCUUCUCGGAGAGCGGCCUGAGGGAGCACGUGCAGACCCACCGCGGCCCCGCCAAGCACUACAUGUGUCCCAUCUGCGGGGAGCGCUUCCCCUCCCUGCUCACCCUCACCGAGCACAAGGUCACCCACAGCAAGAGCCUGGACACGGGCAACUGCCGCAUCUGCAAGCUGCCGCUGCAGAGCGAGGAGGAGUUCAUCGAGCACUGCCAGAUGCACCCCGACCUGCGUAACUCCCUGACCGGCUUCCGCUGCGUGGUCUGCAUGCAGACGGUCACGUCCACCCUGGAGCUGAAGAUCCACGGCACCUUCCACAUGCAGAAGCUGUCGUCCUCCAGCGGGGGCGCUGGAGGGGGCUCGGCCUCGUCCUCGCCCAACGGCCAGCUGCAGGGACACAAGCUGUACAAGUGUGCCCUCUGCCUGAAGGAGUUCAAGAACAAGCAGGAGCUGGUGAAGUUGGACGUGAACGGCCUGCCCUACGGCCUGUGCGCUGCCUGCAUGAGCCGCGGGGCCAACGGCCAGUCGCCUCUGAGCGGCGGGGCGGCAGGGGGUGCUGGCGAGGCUGGGGAGAAGCCCCCCGCGGGCCUGCGCUGUCCCGAGUGCGGGGUGAAGUUCGAGACCGUGGAGGACCUGGAGACCCAUGUCCAGGUGGACCAUCCGGAGGUGAGCCCGGACACCAGUGGGCCGAAGAAAGUGACAGACGCCUCCCCCGUCCCUAAAAAGAAGACGUACCAGUGCAUCAAAUGCCAAAUGACCUUCGAGACAGAGCGAGAGAUUCAGAUCCAUGUUGCAAACCACAUGAUCGAGGAAGGCAUCAAUCAUGAGUGCAAGCUGUGUAACCAGAUGUUCGACUCUCCGGCGAAACUCCUGUGUCACCUGAUCGAGCACAGCUUCGAGGGCAUGGGCGGCACCUUCAAGUGUCCCGUCUGCUUCACAGUGUUUGUACAGGCCAAUAAGCUGCAGCAGCACAUCUUUGCUGUUCACGGUCAGGAGGAUAAGAUCUACGACUGUUCCCAGUGUCCGCAGAAAUUCUUCUUCCAGACGGAGCUGCAGAACCACACUUUGAGUCAGCACGCGCAGUGAGAGCUGCCCCUGCAGGACGGCCGCUCCAGCCCCAAGCCCGAAGCCCCACAGCUGGAGCCGACCAUUUCAGCAUCACAGCCAAUCAAAGUGUCAUUUUCUCCUCACAUGUAAAACCCCAGCAACUGGGCCACUGUGCACAGCUAUUACAAGCAGUGGGAAAUGAAUAUUAAUGGGAGGCAUUAAAAAAGAAAAGAAAAGAAGGAGGGAAGGAGAGAAAAAGGUAUUCUACAUUCAGUAUUUUUAUCGUCCUGCUUCCAGUUGUGCUUUUUUUGUUGGUUUCUUUUUUUUAUGAAAGAAGAAAAAAUGAGGGAAAAGAAAUGGCCUUGUGUGGUUUUAGUCUUUAGAGAAGCUUCCCUUCCUCCUC